GGAAUCGUUAAGUAGCAAAAUCGAAAGAGAGGUUUUGAAGAAGGAGAAAGAACAUCUCAGUAUCUCACAAUACCCAGAAGAAAAAAAAAAGGAGAAGAACAGAGUUGAGAGAUGGCGAGAUACGAUCGAGCAAUCACAGUGUUUUCCCCCGAUGGUCAUCUUUUCCAGGUCGAGUAUGCCCUGGAAGCCGUCCGCAAGGGUAACGCCGCCGUCGGAGUCCGCGGCACUGAUACUGUUGUCCUCGCCGUCGAAAAGAAAUCCACCCCUAAGCUCCAGGAUUCCAGAUCAGCUAGAAAGAUUGUGAGCCUUGAUAAUCACAUUGCAUUGGCCUGUGCUGGGUUGAAGGCUGAUGCCCGUGUCCUGAUAAACAAAGCGAGGAUAGAGUGUCAAAGCCACAGGCUUACGUUGGAGGACCCAGUGACUGUUGAGUACAUCACGCGCUACAUAGCUGGUCUUCAACAGAAGUAUACUCAAAGUGGUGGUGUGAGGCCUUUUGGUCUUUCCACUCUUAUCGUUGGUUUUGACCCUUACACUCGUAUUCCCGCGCUUUAUCAGACCGAUCCAUCCGGUACAUUCUCUGCUUGGAAGGCUAAUGCGACUGGGAGAAACUCUAACUCGAUUAGGGAGUUUCUGGAGAAAAACUAUAAAGAAUGUUCUGGUCAAGAAACUGUUAAGCUUGCCAUCCGUGCUCUCCUGGAGGUGGUUGAGAGCGGGGGAAAGAACAUUGAGGUUGCUGUAAUGACACGAGAGGAAGGUGUUCUGAAGCAACUAGAAGAAGAAGAAAUUGAUAUUAUUGUGGCUGAGAUCGAAGCAGAGAAGGCUGCUGCAGAAGCGGCCAAGAAAGGCCCUGCGAAGGAAACAUGAACCAGAUCUUAUGGUAGCAGUCUCAGACUCUGAGUUGUAAUGUUGGUUCAAAGUCAGAUAUUCAAGGGUUGAAUAGAAAUCUGGACCGCGUGAAAUGGUUGGUUUUGUUGGAUUUUACUAGCCUUUUGACAUUGUUGCUUUAAAUCAUAAUUGACAAUUUAGCGGUUUAUCAUGCUUAGCUAUUAUAAACUUGUCACUCGACCUAUGUCCUGUUCAACAUCAUAGAUGACUUUGCGUUUGCGUUCAA